GGUUCUCCAGGUGCAGCUGCCAAUGGGAGGCCGCCUUGCUCUUGUCUAAUUCGGUCAGGUGGCUCAUCCCCACAUCCCAGGAAACUUUACCCAGACCUGGGCUGAAGCUGAAACGAGGGCUGAAGUACGGAGGGAACCUGAUGACAGCCAGGCGAAUCAGCCGCGCGCCACUUCUCUUCUCGCUUUCAUUAAUCAUCCAUCCAUCCAUCCAUCUCGAGCCUGACACCGUCAAUUAAUUAGCCUGCACCUCCACAAUGCAACGACACACGCAGCGUUUGCGCCCACUCAGACAUGGCUUCCCGCACCUAUAAUGCCCUAUGCGACGAAAUAUACGAGGAGAUAUUAGAAAAGUUGGAGAGGAAAAAUGACGACAGGCGUCGGUUUGCCACCAGGGGCACCGCCAAGAAGGUACUUCACCGCGACAAUCUGCUGCGCUUUUUCCGAACCCUUCUCUUGUCCGACGGCACAGCGCGUGGUCAGUCCAAGCUCACCGAGGAAGAUCUCGUCGCCAGGGUAAAUGAAAGGCAACUCCAUGAUUUCCUGGCCAUCCUGAUCUUCGCAACGUGCGGCUUUGAGGCUGCCAGUACUUUUAUCAUCAAGCUUGUGGCGAACGAUGCAUGGCCUGUGAGGGAUGCAAGGGGCAAGAUCAUCUGCUCCUUGCCGGCGGACCGGGAAGCGCUCAUCGAGUUGUUCGGCAACGUCGUCACCGCGGACAAGUUCUUUACGAAACAGGCGUGUUUCUGCACGGCCGUGAUCCGCAAGAGGGAGGAGCUCAGAGUUGAGGACGUGGAGGCGCAGCGCCUGCCUUAUCUGGAAGAGCAGCCGCUGGCGAAGGGAUCCUUUGGCAAGGUGUUCAAGGUCAAGAUUGCCAAGGGCCACUUCUUCGAUCCCCAGACCAGGACAGCAAACGUCGAUGCCGAGGACAUGGCGCGCAAGGACUACCUUAUUGGCAGCGGGUUCCGCGUAAGCGGGGAGCGCGAGAUCAUGGAGAAGAUCCUGACCAGCUCCGGGCGGCGGUGCGAGAACAUUCUCGAGAACUACGGCGCCCUCGAGAUCGGCACGAGCAUGUACAGCCUGUUCAUGCCCCUCGCCAUCUGCGACCUCCGGGCCUACAUGAUGGAGCACCAUCGAGCGAGGCCCAACACCACCAUGGAGAAGGCGAAGAUAAUCCUCUCCGCCGAGGGUCUCGCGGGCGGGCUGAACUUCCUCCACAAUGAGAUGAAAACAUCCGAUAUGGAGGACCUGGUCUGCUACCACAUGGACCUCAAGCCCAACAACAUCCUGAUCUUCCGAGAGAAAAGAGAUGGCGAAACUCGCAACAUCUGGAAACUGAGCGACUUCGGCAUGUCCCGGGUGAAGAUUCGGCGCCGAGGGCAGGACGGCGAGAGGGAGAAGGAUUUCGACAGCUGGUUCGUCCGACGCCGAAGGCCACAGGACCCGUCCCUGUCGGCAACUCUCAACCGGCGUGGGGAGGGCACAUACCUGGCGCCCGAAUCCAUCUCGUCGACUCGCAGCAUGAAGGCGGAGAGCGAUGUCUGGUCACUUGCGUGCGUCAUCAGCGUCGUGUUUGCGUAUCUGGAGGAGGGAAGCGAAGGCGUGGCGCGAUACCAGGAGGCCAGGAUGCAGCACACCAACGCCGAUGGCUACGACCGGUUCUUCCUCCGUGGUAGGGGAUUCACGCCGACCAAGGUUCAUCCGGUGGUUACCAGGUGGCAUACGCAUCUCAUCGAUAAAGCCAGCCAACGAGAUUCCCGUGAAGGCAAUGCGGUGAGGUUCAUGCUGAGGUAUCUUGAGGAUGCAGUAUUUGAAAUCAACCAGUUCAAGAGGCGGGGGGCAAAGGAGGUGCAGGAAAUGCUGCUCGAAACUUUCAAGAAGUAUAGGAGCUUGCAGGAAACGGGGAGGGACCAAGAGCCAGGAGGAAAGCAAUCGAAACCCUUAGGCAAAGCUCUCUGGGAAAAAAUGCGACCAAGGUCAGGACUCGCUGUCGAUAGGCAAGUAGAAGAGUGGUACCUCUCCGCCUCCGAGGCCUUCAAGGGCUGCGAGAUUUCCCCGGAUGGAACACUCGUUGUAUACUGGACCGACAUCAAGAUCUCGCUGUACACGGCGCAAUCUUUAUCCUCCGGGGAUGAAAACGUGGUGACGCCGGCGGCGGAAUACUCGCUCGAAAGAACCGACUGCAUAUGGAAGAGCAUCGGCUUGACCCAGAGGUACUUGAUAGCCUCCACCACGGGAGGCAACUUUCAGUGUUACAUCUUCGAUCUCGAGCGAGGACCCUCGGUCGAUGCCAGCCUCGAUCAUUGGUACCGUGUUGCCUUGCCGCGACCCGAGAUAAACAAGCUGGCUAUUUCGCCCGACAACCAAACACUGGCCUGCAUCCUGCGGGGCAAGGAGGAAGACCAGAACCCGGGCUCGUUAUUCCUUGCUCCCAUCUCGGAGCUGAUCAAGAUUGCAAAAACGCCGCCGAGUACAUCGACCGACGGAACCUCAUCGGGCGGAUCUGCAGGGAAUACAUCCAACACGUCCGGAAGCGAACGCUGGUCAUCAGACAAGUUGGACUGGCCGGCGGCCGACGUAACACACUUGUCCUUCCCCACCAGCGAGGACAUCUACAUCGUUGUCCGACCAGAACUCACCGUAAAGAGCCGCGAGCACAAGAUUCCCAUCGUCCACCUAUGCCUCAGGACCAAGACGAUGGAGACUCUAAUCAUAGAAUCACGAGGCCUCGACACCAGCAGCACAUCAGGCCUCUUCACCACCUUCGCGCCCCUCCGCCACGACGCCUCGACCUGCGCCGUCGUGACGCGCGAGAAGACACUGCACAUCCAAAAACUCACCACCACCGGCACCGACGACGACGACGACGACGACGCGACACCCGCGAUGCGCCACGACAUCCGCCACUACCGCGUGCAGCGCCUGAUGGCGGGCUCAGCGGCGGGCACCAUGUUCGCGGUGGGGCGGACCUCGGCCAACAACCGGAUGCUGCUGCUGGAGCUGUCGGUGCCGCGGUCGUCCGACGCCGUCGCCGUCAGGGAGCUGGCCGUGCUGCCGGGGUUGGCGCAUGACGACGAGUUCACGGAGAGGUUGGCGGGCGUCGGCGGGGAGGCGUAUGUUCUGAUCGCGGCGCUGGUGGGGGCGAAUCGGAGGGCGAUUUAUAGGGUCAGAGUGCCUGGGUUGGAGGGGGGGAGACGGUGAAUAAUGCCGUCAGGGGACUGGGGGAUACGAUAAUAAAUACGGAGUACGAAUACAAAGAACAGGACAGAAUCGAUGAACCCCCCCCC